GCGUGGAGCGGCGGCGGCGCGGACGACCCCACGACGUGGUACGCGUGGGCGCACCGCGGGCACCGGCUGUGGGCGGCCAUGGCGGACGCGUUCUGGGUGUACGUGUACAAGGUGCAGCGGUGCCCGCAGGCGGGCAACCACGACUGGACGGCGUGCCCGUACGCCCACAAGGGGGAGCGCGCCCGCCGCCGCGACCCGCGCAGCUUCUCCUACCUGGCGGUGACCUGCCCGGCGUUCCGCGAGUCGCAGCAGCAGCAGCACCUGGCGCGGACGGGGGCGGCGCCAUCCUGCGUGCGCGGCCUCCGGUGCCGCUACGCGCACGGCGUCUUCGAGCUCUGGCUGCACCCGGCGCGCUUCCGCACCGUCAUGUGCGAGGCCGGCCCGCGAUGCCCGCGCCGGAUCUGCUUCUUCGCGCACUUCCCCGCACAGCUCAGGGCCGAGAACGACCCCGUGCCGCUCCACGGCCUCCCGCCGCUGCCACCCCGCGUGCCGCGCGCCCCUGCUGCUGCUGCGCCCCUCUCCUUCCCGCGCCGGGUCGACCUCGCCAUGCAGGCCAUGCCCGGCAAGGUCCGCCUCUACGGCGGCGCCGCUGCUGGCGAAUCGUCGACGUCACCCGCGCCAGCUGCCGCGGCGCAUGUAGUGCCGCUGCAGGCGCUGCCGCCGCCGCCGCCGGCCUCGCCGGACGACGACAAAGCAGAGGUUCCUGCCGUCCAGAUUCACUGCCGCCGCGCGUCGGAGGACGGCGACUACCCGCAUUUCGAUCUCAUCAAGGACAUGGUGCUCUGA